AUGGAGGACGGUGUCCUUCCGGUGGCGGAGCGGCGGCGGCUGCAGGAGGAGCUGAGCGACUUUGUGGAGAGCUGCUGCGCGACGCUGGAAGAGGUGACAGCGUCCUUGGGCUGGAACCUGAGUCAGCUGGACGCCGGCGAAGAGGCGGCGGCGGAGGAUGAAGUUGUGAUCUGUCCAUAUGAUUCCAAUCAUCAUAUGCCUAAGUCAUCUUUAGUGAAGCACAUGGUCUCGUGUAGAUUGAGGAAACUGGACUAUACCAAAGAAGAAGAGGGUGAAAUGUAUAGUCCUGAAUUUUUCUAUGAGAAUAUGAAUGUGCCUUCUGUUACUUUAAAUAAAGAAACACAAUUACAAAUAAUUAAACAAGCUAGAAGUACAGAUGGAAAAGAUGGAGAUUGUUCUUCUAAUCAAAGAAUUUAUUCUUCAGUGCCUGUUGAAGUUCCUCUGAAUCAUAAACGGUUUGUUUGUGAUCUAACUCAAGCUGAUCGCCGUGCCAUCUAUGAUUUUGUAGUCGAAGAAACGAAGAAGAAGCAGUCCAGUUCUCAGAUCACUGAGAAUGACAGUGAUCUUUUUGUAGACUUGGCCGCUAAAGUCAAUCAAGAUAAUAGUCGAAAAUGUCCAAAAUCUUACCUUGAAAUCCUGGCAGAAGUGAGAGAUUAUAAAAGAAGACGCCAGUCCUAUAGAGCUAAGAAUGUUCACAUAACCAAGAAAUCAUACACUGAGGUGAUCCGGGAUGUGAUCAAUGUGCACAUGGAAGAACUCAGUAAUCAGUGGCAAGACGAGCAGGAAAAAGCAGAGGAUGGUGCUAUGAAGAAGGAAGACAGGCGCUCAGCUUCAGUAGAUUCAUGGCAGUCUGGUGGAAGCUAUUUGGAUGCUGAAUGUUCAAGACGUAGAAGAGAUCGGAGUAGGAGUCCACGCAAACGAAAGAGAAGUAAAGAUCGGGAUAGAAACUUGGACUCGAGAAGGAAGGAGAGGGAUGGAGAAAGACAUCGUAGUCAUAAAAGAAGAAAACAGAAAAUAUAAAAAUAAAGUGUUUGUGCAUAUACUGAUUAUGCUUACACCAUGGUAACCGAGAUGCUGAAAUAUUCAUUGUCAUUGCUAUGAGUACAGGAUGUAUUGAGUGCUCACAUUGUUAUUUUCCAGUCAAUACUUAUGCCUCCGACCAUGAAUAUCCUAUAUGCCCCUAAAACUUUGUUUUCCUUAUUUUAAUAGGUGAUUGGCUUCCUGUUACUGAUUUUUUCAUUCCUUUUCAUAGUUUAUGUAUUG